UGCGAGCUGAUGAACCAGGGCAUCCUGGCGCUGGUCACCUCGACGGGCUGCGCCUCGGCCAGCGCCCUGCAGUCCCUGACGGACGCCAUGCACAUCCCGCACCUUUACAUCCAGAGGAACGGCGACGGCUCCCCCAGGACGGCCUGCCAGUUCAACCCGAGCCCCGGCGGGCAGCGCUACACGCUGGCAGCCCGGCCGCCCGUACGCCUCAACAACGUCAUGCUGACGCUGGUGGAGGAGCUGCGCUGGCAGAAGUUCAUCGUGUUUUACGACAUAGAGUACGAUAUCCGCGGCCUGCAGGGCUUCCUUGAUCAGACGUCCCGUCAGGGCGUUGACGUUGCGUUGCAGCGGGUGGACAGGAACAUCAGCAAAGUCUUCACCAACCUGUUCACCACCAUGAGGACGGAGGAGCUGAAUCGGUACCGGGACACGUUACGCAGAGCCAUCCUUCUGCUCAGCCCGCAGGGGGCGCACACGUUCAUCCAGCAGGCUGUGGAAACAAAUUUGGCCUCCAAGGACAGUCACUGGGUGUUUGUAAAUGAGGAAAUCAGCGACACGGAGAUCCUGGAGCUGACCCACAGCGCGCUGGGGCGCAUGACUGUGAUCCGACAGAUUUUCCCCCUGUGGAAGGACAGCAGCACCCGGUGCAUGAGGCAGAACCACCGGAUCUCGUCGCUGCUGUGCGACCCGCAGGAAGGAUACCUGCAGAACCUGGAGGUGUCCAACCUCUACCUGUACGACAGCGUGCUGAUGCUGGCCAACGCUUUCUACAGGAAGCUGGAGGACAGGAAGUGGCACAGCAUGGCGAGCCUAAACUGCAUCCGGAAGUCGACCAAGCCGUGGAACGGAGGCUGGUCAAUGCUGGAGACCAUUCAGAAGGGGAACAUCACAGGUCUGACAGGAAUCAUGGACUUCAAGGAGAGCGGCUCAAACUCCCACGUCCAGUUUGAGAUCCUCGGCUCCAGUUUCAGUGAGACCUUCGGCAAAGACAUCAAAAGGCUGGCGACAUGGGACUCGGUUCACGGGCUGAACGGCAGCCUGAAGGAGAGUCGCAUAGAGAACGGGAUGCAAGGGCUGACGGUUAAAGUGGUCACUCUGUUGGAGGAUCCUUUCGUCAUGGUGGCAGAGAACAUCCUCGGGCAGCCCAAGAGAUAUAAAGGAUUCUCCAUCGACGUCCUGGACGCCCUCGCGAAGAUCCUGGGCUUUAAAUAUGAGAUCUACCAGGUCGCAGACAGCAAAUACGGCUCUCAGCUUCCCAACGGCUCCUGGAAUGGGAUGAUUGGGGAUCUCAUCAACAAGAGAGCCGACCUCGCCGUGUCGGCCAUUACCAUCACGCCGGAGAGGGAGAACGUGGUCGACUUCAGCAAGCGCUACCUUGACUACAGCGUCGGCAUCCUGCUGCGAAAACCCGAAGAGAAGAUCAACAUCUUCUCCCUGUUUGCGCCGUUCGACCUGGCCGUGUGGGCCUGCAUCGCAGCCGCCAUCCCGGUGGUGGGAGUGCUCAUCUUCCUACUCAACAGGUUGCAGGCUCUGCGCUCCUCCUCCUGCUCCUCCUCCCAGAAUGCACCACCGGGCCAUCUGUCCAACGGAGUGGGUUCGGGCACGCUGCACAGCGCCAUCUGGAUUGUUUAUGGAGCAUUUGUUCAGCAAGGAGGUGACGGCAUGGUCGGCUCGGUGGCGCUGCGGAUCGUCAUGGGCAGCUGGUGGCUCUUCACGCUCAUCGUGUGUUCGUCGUACACGGCCAACUUGGCGGCGUACCUCACCGUGUCACGCAUGGACCACGCCAUACGGUCAUUCCAGGACUUGGCGAGGCAGAUCGACGUGGAGUACGGCACAGUGAGAGACUCUGCCGUCUACGACUACUUCAGGAAUAAAGGCACCAACCCUCUGGAGCAGGACAGCACGUACGCAGAGCUGUGGAGGACCAUCAGCAAGAACGACGGCAUGGACUACUCCGUGUCCAGCCCGUCAGAAGGCAUCCGCAAGGCAAAGAAGAGUCCUUACGCUUUCCUGUGGGACAUGGCGGUGCUGGAGUACGCGGCGCUGACGGACGACGACUGCACCAUCACGGUUUCAGGAAACAGCAUGAGCAGCAAAGGCUACGGCAUCGCCAUGCAGCACGGCAGCCCGUACAGAGACCUCUUCUCUCAGAAGAUCUUGGAGCUGCAGGAGAAAGGCGACCUGGACAUCAUGAAGCAGAAGUGGUGGCCGCGCACCGGCCGCUGCGACCUCAGCAGCCACGCCAGCGCCCAUCCCGACGGCCGCUCCCUCAAGCUGCACAGCUUCGCUGGCAUCUUCUGCAUCCUGGCCGCCGGCCUCUUGCUGGCCUGCCUCGUGGCCGGCUUGGAAGCCUGGUGGAACAGCAACCGCUGCCGGCAGGAGCAGCCCAAAGAGGUCACUAAGGAUUACAGACUGGCAAGGGUUUCUGGUCCAUUGACAUAUAAUGACAUUACAACUGCUUCAUCGGAGGGGAGGAGGGACAUUUGGACAGACAGAGAGAGAGGCUGGGAUGAAGCAGAAGCAAUUGAUACAGGACAAGGAGGUGAAUCUGGAACAGGUGCAUCGUCGUAUGAACAGUCUUUUGGACGAGGACUUGGCCCACAAGCAGAUCCCCGGUCCCUCUAUCGAGAUCUCUGCGCUGGACAUCGGCAGCAUGCAGCCCAGCCAGGCCUCUCUGGUACCGGGGCCGGAGUCCGUGCGGGACUACCCGCCCUCGGCCCUCACUGUGACCACCUACCUGCCCGGGGAGGGACCCCCACCUCCCCCUCUUCCCCACCCUCACCAUGGGGGGACCCUAGGCAGGACACUGCCCCCGUCCCAGGGCCCUGGCAGCACCACGUUGCCCCCGCACCACCCUCUCAGCAGCACCAGCCUCAGCGGCACCAUGCAGUGCAAACACCGGGCUCCCAACGGGGGGCUCUUCCGGCAGAGCCCUGGCAAGACACCCAUGCCAAUGUCCUACCAGGCAGUCUCCGCAGGACCCAUACCCGAAGCCAUUGAUCCCUCCCACAGUACAUCCAUAUAGAGACAGGAUGGGACGGGGGUGGAGGGGUGCGGGUGGCGGCCGCUCUGGACUUUACCCAGGUCGGCAUGGUAGGUGGGUUGGGCAGCUUUAGAAGGGAAAAACAUGUAUAAAUUAAAAACAUUUUGUAUCCUACCAUCCGUUCAGAGAAUACGUUUAAAAGAGGGAAAAAAUGGGUAUAUGUGGGGUUUGUGGAGCGCGAGGGAGGGGCCCGGGGCGGGCAGAUGGGUUCUGGGCAGGCUGUAAUUUUUUUCUGUACAUAUCUGUAAAUAUCGAGACAAUGAGUGAGGUCAAAGUGUAUUUUGAAUAUUCUCAAUUUUUGAAGUUGAGUUAUAAAACACAAAAAAGAUAAAAAAAUCUAUAUCUAUACAUUGAUGAAACGUUCUGACUGUUUGAAUGGCUUUGUAAAUUUUGUUCAAUUAAAAACAAUGACGCGGAUUUCAUCGUGAUUGUUUUCCAAGUGCCGAAAUUAAACGAUGUCUCUCGCCACAACUCAUCAGUGUAAAACGACUACCCAUGAUGCACUGCUGUAGGGGACGUUGUAGUGUUGGACACCCACUGUUAUGCACCUCUGUACCAAACCUAUAUCCAGUAUACCUUCAGACGCAUCGGACAAAAAUUGUCACUUUUCCCCCCCAUUUGUGUUACUAUAAAAUAGACUUGGUUUUUUAUUUUAUUUUCAUUUCAAAGCUGAGGUCGACAUCUGUUCUUUUUUUUUUUUUUGUUCCAUCCACUGUAAACGGUGUUUGUAUGAGGAAGAGAUGUUUUUGUUUGACACAGAUGAAUACAUUGUUUAUAUGGACAUUUUCUAUUUGCCGUCACUUUUUAGAAAGAUGAAUGGAAGGAAUAGUGGAGCAAGAAAAGGUGAAGACUUCAGGCUGUGAUCACACAGACGCUGCUUGUAAUUCGAGGGAGAACUUCCACUUUAUCGCUGUUAGACUUUGGGUCCCUUCAGGUUUCUAAUUAGCGGACGAAGGUGACAAUUUGGGUUUUUACAAUAUAAUCAAGAAAAUUUGCUCUUCAAGUGGAAUAUAUCCAGCUUUGACUUGUUUAGAGAUGUGCUGAUCGGGUUUAUCAAAGCUAACUGACUGAAUUUGACUGAUCACUAUUUCUUCCCCCCCGUCUGAAAUAUGACAAAACAAAGGAGAGGGUGCUUGAUGCAGAAAGCAGAAACCGAUUACAAUUAAUGCAUAAAUGUACAUGCCUGAAACUUUUAUCCUUUCUUUUACUCAAAUGCCCAUAAAUGAAGAUGCUACAUUCCAAUAAGAGUUCUUAAUUUUGUUGCAUUUAACCAAUGGAGCAAGAAAGUCCUUUUUUUCUUUUUCAGUAUUUCACCAAGAAGAACCUGACAAUUAACACCUCCCUACACAUUUUAAUAGGAUAAUCUGCUAACGUAUAAAGUAUGACAUAUUUUUGUUUCUAAUCCCGGUAAGAAGCUAACAACCUGACUUGAUAAUCAAAUGUAAGCAUCAGCAAUAUGAUUUGUUUCCUACAUGUUUACUACUCUUUUAAACAAGUUUUACCGUCUUGUGGCGACAGUAUCUGCACAACCAAAUUCAAACUAAAGAGAAUGACUAGAUCCAUUUUAGUUUUCCCCCAAUCCGAGGCCUGAGCAGCUGGAGUCCUGAAUGUUUUGGAUGUUUCCCUCAUUCAACAAUCCCACUUCAAAUGAAUAGUUUAUUAGUGGGUCUCUGCAGAGCUGGACGGCAUGCUGAGGAAGGUAAUUCAGCAAUUGGAGUUGGAGCCGACCCAUCUUAAACCUGCCAGGCAUCUGCCCUUGAGGACUGGAAUGGGAUUUUGCUGAUAUAAAUGCUUUAAAACCAGAAGGUAACAUUUAUUCCUGUUGCUCAUCCUCCGCAUCCAUCCAUGAUGAACCGUAUACAUUGGCUUAACCAGAAGUAUAGAAUGGAAAAAAUAUUGUGCUUCUUUUUCACAAUAGUAUAUUUAACUCUGUUUCUUAUAGAGAAACAUGAGCUAUUAGCUGGUUAUCAGGCUAUCUGCUCUGGUAGGACUAUCAGUCAGCUGGUAGGAGGUUCCCAAUUAUGGUUUAAUAUUACUUUAAUCAAUAGGAAGAACCUGGAAUACCUUAUCAGUGAUAGUCUAACACUUAUCCAGUAGUGGUUUAAAAAUGUUCAUAUUUUUAUUCAUCCAACUGCGAAUUUCAAAGAUCUUCGUUAUUCUAAGAAAAUCCAUCAUCAGCAUUCUUGAGGCCAUGUGUGAAACUAUCAAAUUAAAGCUCCAAAUAUUUACAAACUUACCAGAUGUUGAAAAACAAAAGAAAAAAAAAAAACAAAAACAUGUUAUUUUCUUUUUAAUUGCCAGAAGUUUCAUUUCCAACCUAUAAUUCAUUAAGAACCAACACAGUUGAGGUUGGUCCAUAAAAUGUUGCAGGUGAUCAACAAUGCAGACAAAAAAGCCCAUUUCUGUCAACUGGAACUUGGAUGGAAAUUUUUUUUUUCCCUGAUCAAAUUGAGCUGUAAACACAAUUCCAGCCCCAGUAUGCCAAAGCUUGUAGAAAACGACCCAAUCUCGAGUUAUUAUGCAAAUGUGAAGCAAAAGUAUCAGGCAGCAGUGGCUAGUCCUGAGCACAGCCUGUCUCUCACCUUUAGCUUAGUGUAAUUAACCAGAAUAUUAAAAUGAUAUAAAUAUGUUUUUUUUUUCUACCAGAGAAGUUAUUGUCACUUUUAUUGAGGUUUUUCUCAGUAUUUAUUCUUAUCAGGAAAGAGGGCAAAAUGACCAAGGCCUCCUAUUCCCACAAGUCAUUCCUAAUGAGGUCCAUUAUCACCUGAGGGGAUGACGGAGGGCGUCAUUAUCCAAAGUGCAAUCACAGGCUCACGAUGGAGGCAAUUCAGCAGGUGCCAUAUCCCACAGCUAUUUGGAAAACAGAGGAAGUUUUACCGCGUUUGCCGAAUGUUUUUUUUUUCCCUCUUCUUCUUCUUCCUCCUCAGAAUAUCAUAACGAGCCUUGAAAGAAAACUGUUUAAGAGGAAAUCUAAAGCCCACUCUUCACCCCCGGCAUUUUUGCUGUCAUAAGUGCGAUUAAUGUGCAUUUAUAGGCCUAAUGAGUUUUGACUUCAUUUUCAUUUGCCAGAGUGGGCUGCUUGGAAGCCUGCUGAUCGCUCACGGUAGAGUUUUCAGGACAUUAGCAGCCAGAAAGCAGCAAGGAGCAGACCGACUCGCCUUUGACGGGUUCCCCAUUCCUCACGCGCUAAUGUGCAAAAGAAGAAAUAAAGAGACUUUGACUUGCAGGAACGAAGGGCCUCCUUUCUGGAGAUGGGACAUCAGGUUUGAUUUUUUUUUUUUUUUUGCUGCAGAAAGUAGAUGUAUCCCACAAAUCUAACAAGACGUUCUAUGUUUUGUUGAUGAUAUUGAUGUUAUUUAAACUGCUUGUUUCUUUUUGUGCUGUCUCCACUUGUCCACCUUGACAAGGACGAAGAUUGUAGAUGGAUUACAGUAAAACCCGUUUUGUAUCUAAGCAAUUGGGGUUUGAUAGGAAACUAACUGGAGUCUUUUAGGCUCUUUUACUGCAUCGCUUUACUCUUUUUGCUGGAAUUUCCUUCAUUGACACACACAUUCAAGCCCACAUGAAGAAAAAUUCUCAAGACGGUUUUGAAUCCAGUCAAAAAAAGAAAAAAAAAAAGACAAUCAUGUCUGAAAUGUGGCCAUUCAGAAUCUGCAUUUUACUGGUUAAACUGUGAAUUUAUCAGCUACCUUGAAGAUGUCCAGAUCAGAGCAAGGUAAAGAUGCUAUCAUAAAAAGUAAGAUAACGUGUUCACAAAUCAGAGCUAAUAUGGUAAUACUGAGAUUAAUGCAAAACAAACUGCUUCAGAAAUGUGUUUAGAAAAACAAGCUAGGUGGUGUGAAGGCACCGUUGAAGACGACUCACAAUUCGGAAAAAAAAACUUAAUUUGUUCAUUUAUUAGUUCAGGAGUGUCUAAGACACGAUUUAGUCCUCAACAGGUCUUAAACUAAGAUGAAUGCCACCACUCGAUACUGGACAGCUAUGUCCAACCCUCCUGUUCUCAAUAGAUUUCGGAGGGAGCGUAGAAUAUUAGCAAUUUUUGCUUAAAAUGACUAAUGUAUCUGCCUGUGUACAUGAGCCACUUCAGCCUCCCAGACAAGCCCAUCCUCUUAUUUAAACUACAGUGAACUCCUGCCUAGUCCCCGUUCAGUAUAUUCUGUAAAACUCCAAAUUACUUGUGGAAACUUUGCCCGCUCAGUGAGUGUUUUCAUAGGGACUAUCAAAACAUUUAGAAGAAAGAUUAGGAAGCUGAACUACCAAGGUGCACAAUUAUUGGUUGAAGUCUGCAAGGCAGCCAAUCCAGAAGCACCGUUUGUUUCCCUUGGCGCCGCCUAGCCGUACUCCCAAGAGCAGAGAUACGGAAGAUGUUAGUUUCUGCAGUAGCGCUAACAUCAUUUAUACUGUGUGAAUUAAUGCAUAUUAAGGUAUAUUUGGUGUUUGAUAUAAUAAAACAGACAAUUAUAAGGUUUUUUAGAGGGGAUCUCAAAUAUCAAUGGAUUUUCCUACCCUUAACGAAUACUGGGAGUCCACUAUAAGUUAAACUCAACCUCAACUGACUCUUCACUGUAGCUCUUUAGAUGGGACACUGGUUUAUACAUAUGAAGAAGAGAAGGGAGAGAGGAUAGAAAAAAAGAAUCAAGGGAUUUCUCACUAGGAUAUCAACGCAGAUGUUUGUAUCCUGAAAGUCAAAUUAUUCACACGGGGAAAACACCAGAUCUCUCUUCACUGUAUCUCUUUAAAACAAGCUUUACGUCCCUGUCACCUUUCUUCUUCCAUUCAUGAUUUGACCUGCCACAUUCUUCGUACAAUCUGGGUGCAGCCUAAACUCUGGCUGGGAUUAUCGCAGAGACCCAUACCCGACCUGAGAGAAAUGUAUACGUCCCACAGACUUUGCAGUGGAGUGCAAUCAGGUGUAAUUUAGGUCACAACUACAAAUGUUGAAUUACAUUAUAGAACAUUUGAACAAUUGGCCAUGUUCCCAAGAAUAGACAUCAAGGAAUCGAGGCCUAUCUGCAACUUUCCUUUGAACAGAGCAGGCCAAAGUAGAGAUGUUCCACUAUGACUCACUUCACCAUGUUUAGAGGAAACAAAACACUGCAUAACAGCACCGUGGUGGACGGGAUGUGGGACUUGUCUUACAGCCACAGGCUCUGGACACUUCACAGUUGAUGGCUGAACCAUGAACUCUGCUGUGCACCAAUGUGUUCUAGAGUCAAAUGUAAGGCCAUCUGUCUGACAGCUGAAGCCUGUUUCAAGCAUGGUCGUCAGCAGUAUAAUGAUGCCAAACAAAGACAAAGACAAAAAUACAAGAGAAUGACCAAAAAGAGAAGAAUCAAGCUGUUGCUGUGGCUCAGUCAAAGUCUAGACCUCAUCCUGUUUGAAACAUAAUUGCGGGACAUUUAGAGAGGUGGACUAAGCACGAAGUUCGGUGAAUUGAAAGAAGAGUGGGGCACAAAAUUAGACAGGAAAUCAAAGUUAUUGGUGUCUAAAGUGAAUCUAUAAACUAAGAGUGAACCUAGAGCUUCCACACAGCACUUUAAUGAUUUAGUUUGUUUUCUAAAUAAUUAUUAGAUUACCCAAUGUGUUGUUGUUAAUCUGAGGUGGUAUUAAUCUAAUUUUAAGGUGUGACGAGGACCAAAUGAGAAAUUCAUGUGCCGGAAAAUGUAAAACGUGUUAAACUACAGUCUGAUAACCUCGUAGUACAAACGUAACUGGUGUUAAUCAAGAGGGUUAUUGUGGUGAUUUAGAACUAAAAUAACAUUUUUAGUUUCAUCAUCAUCUCAUUAUCUCUUCUUUGAACUCAGACUGAGACGAGUGGCAGAACCAAGUGAAAAUUAGGGGAUUCGUCAUGUUCAGCUUUUUACUCAUUUCGUUAUAUUUUGUGCUGAUUAGAUAUCCAUGAAUAUUUUUAAAUAUUUGAAAAGUGGGCACUUCUUCAGUCGGCAGGGCAGAACGUGUACGAUGCAUAUCACUGUGCUAAAGUGGAUCGGUCAAAGUGGAUCCCGUCUUAAACAGACUCCACAUUGAUGUUUUCUAUCGGUGUCAGUUGUUGAUCUUGUGUUUCGGUUUGCCCUUCAAUCUGUGCUUCACAUCCCGACUGAGUGAAGACCCCGAGGUUACGGUUGGUCAGAUACGCAGAGGUGGAUUUUCUGUUCAAACUCCAGCGCCCUGAAACGAGAUGACGACACAAACUGUUAAAGCUGACCGUCUGUCACGAGUCCAUCUCUGAGGGAAAUCCUUAUUUUAUUUAUGAAUAUGCUGCUUGGAGUUUCUUAAUCUUUAAUAAAGAAAUAUGGUUUACACA